AUGGAUAGACAGAAAAAUAUAAAAAGAGAUAAAGAAAAAAUAAAUUUCAACAAAAAUGACGACACUAUUGAUCAUAUCGAAAAACCGAAAUUCAUCAAUAUAAAAAACAAAAGACAAACCAUACAAAUUUUAAAUAUGUAUAAUUAUAGUUAUAAAAGUAAAGAGGAAUAUGGGGAUAUAAAGAAAUAUAGUGUAUUAAAUAAUUGUAAAAAGAAAAGCGAAGAAAAUGGAUUAAUCAAACAUACAAUGAUGGAUAAUAACAAAAUGUGUGAAGUCAUGGAUAGGAAAUUUGACAAAGAAAUGAACAAAAAUAAAAUUAAUAAUACAAAAGAAAAUGUUAAUAAUAAAAAUAUGUUUGAGGAUAUUUUGAAAAUUCCUGUUAAAAAUGUUGAUGUUUCUUCAUGUAACAAAAUAAAACCAAGUGUAAAUUUUCCAAAAGAAAUUCCAUACCCCCAAAAUGAUGCAUAUUUAAUGAAUAAAAAAAAAUGUGCUACAAAUUUUUUAAAAAAAAACAGUUUUCACACAAUUUCAGAUGAAAAUAUUUUAUAUAAUUUUAAGAGUGAUUCUCACGAUUUUUUAAACUCUAAAGAAUAUCAAAUGAAACAAAAAAAAGACAAAAUAAAUGACAAAAUUGAUGAAAAAAUGAUUAAACUGUGUAAUACAUCAAAAGGGGGGCAUAACGAAAAAGUUGAAAAUUUCGAUCAUAUUCAAAAAGAUAAUUUGUAUGAAGAAAUAGAAAAAAUAAAUAAUAAAAAACAAAAUAAUACUGUUUCACGAAUUAAAAAAAUAACACCACAUCAUUAUUACAAUUACGUAAGUAAACUUUGUAAAUAUAAUAGUAUAAAUGGUAAAAAUAAAUUAAAAGGAAACCCAACUAAACUAAAAUUAGCAUAUUCAAAGGUUGUUAGAAUGAGAUUAGCAAAGACAGAAUUAGCUAAGGAUAUGCUAACAAAAAAAAAAAACGAAAAAAAGAAACUUGCAAAAAUGUACGUAAAUAAUAACAAUGUUUUUAUAAAAUAUUUAAAAAUAUACAAAAAUGAAAAUAGAUAUAAUAAAAAUAUAGUCUCAAAUAUAAACAAUUUAGAUAUAAUAUCAAAAAGGGAUAUACUAAGUUUACCUGAUAAACCAGUGUAUUUAUACGAAUUAGAUAAUUAUCGAUUUAAAUUAAAUAAAAAUAUAGACACACCAGCAUUAAAAGUGGAAAAUGAGGAUAUUGAUUUUUUUUUUAAAUAUAAAAAUACAUGGCUUGAAUUAUUUUUUUAUAAUAAUUACACUAGUAAAGAAAUAUUAUAUAAUUAUAUUAUAAUUCGAUUAAAUUUUGAAUUAAUGAUUCAAGAAAUAAAAGACAUAGUAAUUAUGGAUAUGAAUACUAAGCACUUUAGCUACCCCUAUAUAUAUAAUGCUUAUUUAAUGGCUCCUAUAAAUGUGCAUGAUGUUGAUAAUUCUUUGAGAAUCCAAAAAGUUACAAGUGACUAUUCUUUUAUCAAUAAUGGUUCUUGGGCAUUUUUACGAAAAAAAAAAAAACAUAUUAAAAAAAAAAAUAAAAAAAUAAAAAAUAAUGUUGAAAAUAAUACCAGUGAAAAAAAUGUUCCUCAUCUUUUGCAUAUGACAAGAAAUAAAUAUUAUAUUAAUCAUAAUUUUUGGUCACGCUUAAGAAGUAAUAUAAAUUCAUCUAGAAAUUAUGAUAUUAAAAAUAACAGCAACUUUGAUAGUUUAUCAACUAUGCAUAGUUUCAAUAUGAACUGUUCAGAUAAUAUACACAAUUUUAUAAAAGAGGAAGAAAAAACAAAAACUGACACCAAAGAAUUUUUCCAAUACUCAGAAAAUAGAUCUACAUUUCUUAGUAACUUUCAUUCAAAUACAAGUAAAGAGAAAAAUACAAUUUCUGAUGCUAAUAACAAAUCUUUAUCAAAUUAUAACACAUUUUUUUUUAAAAAUGAUAAUACAGCUAAAUUAUUUAGUGAUAAUAAUUUAAUUGAUCCUUCCAAUAUAUAUAUAACUUUUACUAAUAGUAAAAUUGAACCAUUUUUCCCUUAUAUGUGUGAUAAUAUAUUUUUUCUUUUUUAUUAUUACAAUAAUUAUCUGAACACGUUUAUAAAAACAGCACUCGAAAACGAUAAAAAAAAAAAAAUGCUCAUGGUUCAUCAACAUAUUCAAAAUAUACGAGAGAGAAAUAGACAAAAUAAUGAAAACAAAAAAGAAAAGAAUCAGCAAAUUUCUAAUAAAACAUCGUUAAACAUAAUAAAAGAAAAAACAAAUGACCAAGAAAAUAAAUGUCAUUUAAAAUUUCCAAUAAUUCUAAAUAAAUAUAAUGAAUUUCCCACUAAAAACAUAUUAACAGUAAAAAGAGAGAUAACAACUACUCCUAUACAAAUAACAAAUUAUCCAUUUAUGAAUAAUUUAAAAAUAAAAAAUUCUAUUAAUGAUAAAAUGUAUAAUUCUAUAUUUACCAAAAUAGUAAAAAAAAAUUCAGAAAAAAUUAAAAAAGAACUAUCUAAAGAUAAUGUUGAAAUUCCUAUAUAUUUAUGGGUAAUAUUUGGGGGGAAAGAUAUGAAAUCGAUGGAUUCUUUAAAUAUGGUUUACAAAAUGCUACGAUAUGCUACUGAAAUACCUCCAGGAGAAUAUGAAAAAUAUAUAAGAAAAUUGAAAAAAAAAAAAAUUCAAAUUAAUUGUAAUACUAAUACAGAUUAUAAUCAUUUAUAUAUGGGACACAAUAAUUAUUAUUAUAACGAAAAAAAUAAAAAAAAAGUUAAUUUGAAAGAAUAUAAUUUAAAUAGUAACAAACUCCCCAAUUCGAACAAAAUAACAUCAGAAAAUAACAAUUUUUUAUUUUUGGAAAAGUUCAACUGUUGUAGUUGUAAUGAUAGACAAUUAAAAUUCUAUGACAACCAUACUGGGCACAAAAUACGGAAAAAUAAUAAACAAAAUGAUGAGAAAAAUGGGCAAAAAAAUAAUGAAAAUUGUGUAUAUGGAUUAUCAUCUAAUACACUGAUUCGAAAGAAAAAAAAAAAACGCACCCUUCCUGAAUUGAAUAAAGAACUUUUUCCUGACAAUUAUUUGUAUAACACAUCUUCAGAAAUAUAUAAACGAAUUGUAGAUUAUUAUAAUAAUUAUAAUAAAAAAUAUAAUAAAUAUGGUCCUAAUAAUUAUAAAGAAUUUCUGGAAUUUUAUCAUAAAGAAAAUAAUGAAAACAAUUGCAUUAAAGUUGAGGAAAAACAAACAUAUUUUAAAGAUGCUAUUCCAGCAAAAGGUACUACUAUCAACAAAUAUAAUAAAGAAAGUGAACAAAAUUUAAAAAAAAACACAAACAAUGAAACAUUAUAUAGUAAUUUAAGUGAAAAUACUUAUUCUAAAAAGAUAAGAACGAAUGAAAAUAAAUUACCUAAAUAUUUUAUAUCAAAUAUACAUGAUGAAAUGCAAAAUGAAGAUAAAUAUUAUUGCGCAAAUUUAUGGGAUCACCAAAAAGUGGAAAAAAAAAAUUCAUUAGAUAAAUAUAGCAACAAUAUAAAUGCCGUAUCUAAUAACACAAAUAUUAAUAAUAUAACGGAUAGUGAAAGUAAGGAACAUAUUAUAGAUGAGGGGAAAAACAAGAUGGAACAUAAUUCUAACCAUCCAGAUUCCAAAACAUAUGAUUUAUUUUUAGAAGCAAAUGAUAGCGAUUCUAGUGAUCAAGAAUCAGAUAAUAAUUUAUACAAUUUUAUAUCAUAUCAUAUGCAAGGACGGAAUCCAUCCUUUGAAAUAAAAGAUGAAAAAAUUAAAAGUAAUAAAUUAAAUUAUACAGAUAUUUAUGGCCCGGUUAUUUAUCGUAGUAUUUCUAGAGAUUGUCAAGAUGAAAAAAAACAAAAGACCUAUAAUAAUGAUAAUCAUAGAAAUCAAAAAAAUAAAUGGAGUUGUAAUAAUAAAAAAGAGAAAAGAAAAGUAAGAUAUUCAUUUUUAUUAUUAGAUUAUCCAAGUUACUAUAAUAGCACAGGUCAUCCAUCUCCCCUAACAUUUAAAACAUCUGCUUUUUGUGCUUUAAAAGAAGCAAUCAAAGAAAUAAGAAAGGAAAACAAUAACGCAAAUAUAUCAAUAAACGCACUUGGGUAUUCAUUAGGAUGCUGUGUUAGCCUACAAUUAAUACUUGAUAUAGCUAAAAGCUUAUAUAAUGAUUUUUAUCAAGAUAUUUAUAAAAUUCCAUAUAAUAAAAAAGAAAAAGAACCAAUUAAAGAAAUAAAAGAACAUAACAAAUUAUCCAUAAAAUUAAAUAAUAAUAAAAAUAAAAUAAAUGAAUAUAUAUAUGAUGCAAAGAAAAUUCUUACAUUUGAAAAUGUUUUAUUUUUUCAAAAAGAAGAGAAAUACUAUUCAAGCAAUGAUAUAUUUCAACAAGACAACGAAAAAAAAAUUAAAAAUAUAAAAGUAGAAACUGAAAAAAAAACGGACCACAAUAAAUUACACUUAUCAGAAUCAUUUUUAACUGGAAAAAAUGACCAAACUCACAUUAAUGAUAAUGAAUCGACAACUUUUGAAAUUAGUAAUUGUUGUGAUACUAAGCCAAAAGUAAAAACCAGUUUUUACAAAAAUAUUAUAUAUAGCCAAGAUCAGCCCGAUAAAAUGAAUGCGUUAAAAUUAGAGGAAAAUAAAAGAAAUGUAGAAAGGGUUGAUAAGUAUGGAAAGGUUUAUUUAAAUGUGACAAAAAAAAACGAUUUAAAUAAUAAUGAUGUCCAAAAUUAUGAAAUACGAAAAAGUUCUUCCCUUAGAGUAAAUGUAAAAGAAAAUAUUAUACGUGAAGAAAUUGUAAAAGAUAAAAAGAAAAUUGAUAAUCUCAAAAUAACAGUAGAUAAAGUUAUUUUAAUUGCACCAUUUACAAAUACUCAAAAAUUAGUAAAAGGUAUAUUAAACAAUAGUAUGCUAUUUUUAUUAAGUUCAUUUAUUAUGAACAAAAAAUGUCAGUAUGUUCAUUGGGAUAAUAUAUUGGUUUUAAAAGAAUUAUUUAAAAUAAUAAAUGAUUUCAAAAAAAAUAUAUAUUUAUAUGAUAUAUUUUAUAAUUUUCAAAUAAAUUAUAUACAUGGAGAGAAGGAUACUUUAGUUCCUUAUAAUAUGAGUUUAACUUUAUAUAAAUUAACAAAUGAUUUAAUUAUAAAAUAUUCAAUGUUUAAUAUAAAAACAUUUUUGUAUAUAUUUAAAGAGGAUUGCCAUUCAUCAAUUUUAAAUUCUCAAACAGAAAAUAACAUUUUGCAAAUCAUUUUUAACCCUUUUAGGCUUCACCCAUUUAGCACUACGUUUAUACAUAAAUUCCAUUUUGAUCUUUAUAAAGAUUUAUAUUUAUUGAAGACUGUCUAUCUUCAAUAUAUAUCACGUGUUACCUCUAAUUUGAGAUCCCUAUAA